AUGGGGCAGGUCCUGCCUGUCUUCGCCCACUGCAAGGAAGCCCCGUCCACAGCCUCCUCUACCCCGGACUCCACAGAGGGAGGGAGCGAACACUCGGAUUUCCGGGAGCUGCACACAGCCCGCGAGUUCUCCGACGAGGAGGAGGAGGAGACCACGUCGCAGGACUGGGGCACCCCCCGGGAGCUGACCUUUUCCUAUAUCGCCUUCGACGGCGUGGGGGGCUCCAGCGGCCGCCGCGACCCCACCGCCCGCCGCGCCCGCCCCCAGGGCCGCUCCAUCUCGGAACCGCGAGACCCCCCUCCGCAGCUGGACCUGGGCGACAGCCUGGAGAGUAUCCCCAGCCUCAGCCAGUCCCCAGAGCCCGGACGCCGCGGCCACCCCGACCCUGAUCCUGCGUCCAUCACCGCCGACCACCCCCUCGAGGAGGACCUGAGGCUGCGGCUACACCUGCUGGGCUGGGCUGCCGAGGAGGCCGGGGCUGGGGAGGACUCCUCCGCCACCAGCAGCUCCACGCCGCUGGAAGACGAGGAGCCAGGACGUGCAGCCGGAGUGGAGGCCGGAGAGCCUGGAGCAGAACUGGACGCACAACCCCGGCCUGCUCAGCCCUCACCGCCCAGGGUCCCGACUCCUCAGCCCAGCCCCCGGCCUGGGACCCCGCAGCCCGGCACCCCAUCUCCACCCCGAUCUCGAGAUUCGAACUCGGGUCCUGAGGAGCCCUCGCUGGCCGAGGAGGAAGCCCCGUGGGGGCCCCUGGAGCGGGAGCCAAUCACAAGACAGUGCCUCGAUAGCACCGACCAAUCCCAGUGUACUUGGGAGCCACGCCUUCUCGUGGCGGACCUGCUCUACUGGAAGGACACGCGGUGGUCGGGCGUGGUCUUCACGGGCCUCAUGGUCUCCCUGCUCUGCCUCCUGCACUUCAGCAUCGUGUCCGUGGCCGCGCACGUGGCUCUGCUGCUGCUGUGUGGCACCAUCUCUCUCAGGGUUUACCGCAAAGUGCUGCAGGCUGUGCACCGGGGGGAUGGCGCCAACCCCUUCCAGGCAUACCUGGAUGUGGACUUGACCAUGACCCGGGAGCAGACUGAGCGCCUGUCCCGGCACAUCGCCUCCCACGUGGUCUCCACGGCCACGCAGCUGCGGCAUUUCUUCCUUGUGGAAGACCUCGUGGACUCCCUCAAGCUGGCCCUCCUCUUUUACAUCCUGACCUUCGUGGGCGCCGUCUUCAAUGGUUUGACCCUUCUCAUUCUGGGCGUGAUUGCGCUAUUCACUGUGCCCCUACUCUACCGGCAGCACCAGACCCAGAUUGACCAGUACGUGGGGCUGGUGACCAAUCAGUUGAGUAGCAUCAAAGCCAAGAUCCGAGCCAAGAUCCCAGGGACCACAGCCCUGGCCUCUGCCGCCGCCGCCGUCUCUGGAUCCAAAGCCAAAGCCGAAUGAGAGGGCUGCCUCUGCGCCCGCACGGGACGCCCGACCCCAUCCCCGAGCAGCCCCCCACGGCCCCUCCAUCUGCAUCCCCAGCCCCUGCUGCCUCAGGCACUUCCCCUGGUGGGGGGUCAGGGUCACGCCCACCCAAAAGAACUCGCAAUUCGUCUGAGCGGCUAGGACUACACUUCCCAAGAGGCUCUGCUGUCGGAGUCCAGGAGAGGCGAGGAGCUUUGGCCGCGGGGCCUGCUGGGACCUGUAGUUGCGAGUCAUCCGUCAAGGCCUCGCUCUGCACUACUGCGACCCGCCGCUGGUGGCGCCGUGCAGGAAGGGGUGUCUUCCCCCGACAAGCCAAGGCAGAGGGUCCCCCCAAGGCUGGGGGUUUUGCAUGGGGCCCAGGGGAGGCCUGA